CGAAACAUCUGGAAGGGAGUGUGCUUUUUCUAACAGUUACCUUAGCCUAAGGCGCCCAAGCGUGAUUUUCCUCUCGACUGUGCUUAUGCAAUGCAAGUUCUUCCUUGAUGAAAAAGGGAAGAAAAGCGUUCUUGCUUAUGGAUUCAUUUUGACUGAAUCUUGCUGCACAUAUCAUAGAAUUAUUACAGAGGCAGCUGGUGCUGAGGAGGAAUUUGCAGCUUUACUCACAAACUACAAUUCCAGUUCAUUAAUAAGUCCCACCUAAGAUUCUUCACUCAAACUUGCGACUCAACACACAUCAGUCUCUUUUGUCCACUCUUCACCUCUGUUUGUACCUUGAUGCAGAAAUGGAUUGGAAUUUCCAGUUGCCUUUGUGUUUGUUUUAUGUAUGCCAUUCAUUAAUGGCCUUCAACAUUGAUCCUGUGACCUGGAAGAACUUCACAAGCAAUGAAAAUACUGGCUUUGGCUAUAAAGUGAUACAGAAAGGAGAAAGUCUGCUUGUGAGUGAUCCUUUAAUACAACACAGUCAUACUCAAAGAGGAAAAAUUUAUGACUGCUCUGUCACCAGAGGAAACUGCGUGCCACUGGCCAUUACUGUCCCAGAUGAAGCUGUCAACAUGUCCCUCGGACUUUCAAUGUCUCUAGAUCCUCAGUCUUCAAGUGCAGUGGUUUGUGGUCCAACCAUACCUAAGAACUGUGAUGUAACCACUUACAACGGCAUGUGCUUUAAAAUCAGUUCAAAAAAUGUUGUAAGCAAAUCUGUGCCAAGCACUCUGAGAGAAUGCCCAACAUCCCAAAUUGAUAUUGCUUUUUUAAUGGAUGGAUCUGGAAGUGUACUUAAUGUGGAUUUUAAUAAGAUGAAGGUUUUUGUCAUAGAAAUGAUCAAAAGUUUUAUAGACCAUGACACACAGUUUGCCAUUGCACAGUUUUCUACAGAUUGUCAAAUUCAUUACAAGUUUCAAAAAGUCAAAAACGCCAAGGCGUGGGAAGAUGCAGUGACUCGGAUACAUCAACAGUGGGGAUGGACUAAUACUGCAACAGCUAUAAAAAAACUUGUGAAGGAGCUAUUCGUUAGUGAAGGAGGUGCAAGACCAUCAGCCAGCAAAAUUCUGGUUGUUAUCACAGAUGGUGAAUCAACUGAACAGUUCUUGAAUGAAGCUGUUCAACAAGCACAAAAAAACAAUAUAAUACGAUAUGCAAUAGGGGUUGGCAAUGCUUUUAAUAAUGUCAAAGCAGCAAGGGAGCUUGCGAUUAUUGCAUCUUUACCCACCAAUAAGCAUGUGUUCAAAGUAACUGACUUUGACGCGCUGGAAAGUAUUCGUGAUCAACUCAAAGAGAACAUUAUUGCCAUUGAAGGAACCCAGACUACUGGUGAUUCAUCUCGGAUGGAGUUUGCACAGGACGGCUUUAGUGCAGCAUUAACAUCAAAUACAGAUAUAAUAAUGACUGCAGUGGGAGCUUUCCAGUGGAAGGGUGGAUAUCAGCUGUACACACAAAAUGAUCAGUUAAAUGUCUUUCAAGCUGGACGUGAGCAUGACAGUUAUUUAGGUUAUUCCUUGGCAAUAGCGACAGCGUUCGGAAAAAAGUAUGCAGUCAUGGGAGCACCAAGACACAAGCAUAAGGGACAAGUAACUGUUUCAAGAAUUGAUAAUAUUCCAAGGAAUUUAAAAGAACUGGAUCCUCCUAAGCCUCAGAUUGGCUCAUAUUUUGGAGCUGAGGUUUGUGUGGUGGAUUUGAACAGGGACUCCAGAAGAGUCCUCCUAUUGGUAUCGGCACCAACAUACAUAGAGCCUGACCGGGAGGGCAAAGUGUUUGUUUACACCUUCAAUCAUCGGUCAUACUUUGAUUUUUCGGGUAUGGAGCUGGUGGGAAUAACAGGUCAGAGGGGUCGGUUUGGCUCUUCUCUGGCCAGUCCAGCAGAUCUGAAUGGUGAUGGUUACAUGGAUGUGCUGAUCGGAGCUCCUUUAGAGGAGGACGGACAGGGCAGCAUCUAUAUCUUCAAUGGUGGAGCAUAUCAAAUAAAUCCCACAUAUUCACAGAGGAUUGCUGGGUCAUCUGUGAGACCAGGUUUGCGGUUCUUUGGGAUUUCGUUGAGUCAGUCCUCUCUAGAUCAGAGUAGAGACAGCCUUCCUGAUAUUGCUGUUGGGGCCAUGGGAGCAGUUCUGCUACUCAGGUCCAGACCCAUCAUGCAUUUGGGAACCAAAGUAACUUACAACCCAUCCAAAAUACUAACCGGUGAAACAGAGCAGUCACUGAAAAACACCAUGAAAGUGUGCUUCACCAUGAGUCCAUACAGACACAACAUAAAAGGCUUAACAGCAAAUAUUAAUUACACCAUAAUUCUGGAUGCCAAGCGACAGAAAAAUCGAGCAUAUUUCUUACCCAAAAACCGCUUCGUCAAUGAUGUGAUGAACAUUAGUCUUAAUAAACCAACUUGCAAAAGUCAUCCUUUCCUUAUAGACGCUUUCUCAGAAGAUGCUCUGAACCCAUUGUCCAAUCAAUUAACAUUCACUUUUGACGGUCUACCAUCUGCCAAACUGCAAAACAUAAGGCCAAUACUGCUGCCGGGGAUAAAGACCACCACAGACCACAAUCUGGACUUUGAGAUAAAUUGUGGAAGUGAUGACAUUUGUGUGGAUGACCUCAGGAUGGAUUUCAAUUUCUCUGGAUCUACAAAUAUAGAGGUUGGCAUCAUGCAGGAGAUUAAUGUGACAGUGUUUGUAGAAAACAGAGGAGAAAACUCGUACAACACACUCUUCACCCUCAGCUACCCCUUUGGACUUUCCUACAGAAGAAUCAUAUCUAAACAGGGCAGAGUGGAGUGUGUAUCUCUUGACAGUGAGCAAAAAGGUUCAUUUGGAGAGACCACCUGCCACAUCAGCAAACCCAUCCUCAAAGGAAACUCUAAGGCUGUGUUUCAUAUUACAUACAGCAUCAGUAAAGAGAACACCUUCGAUCAAAACGUCACAUUUACUGCUAGAAUCAACAGUGGAAAUGACCAACACUCUCAAACCAGUGAAUUAUUCAGAGAGAAAAGCAUUGGUGUCAAAUAUGGCAUCUAUAUCGCCUUAAUAAGGCAUGAAGAUUCAACCCUCCACAUUAAUUUUACUGCACAGAAAUUUGAUUCUGAUAAACCAGUCAAACAGAUACUAAAGGUUGAAAAUGACUUUAGAGAAUUAAGUUUCAAAGUUUUCAUCAGAGUACCAGUGAUGUUGGGAGAUAAAUCUAUCUGGGCUAAUAAAAACAUACAGAUUCCAGGCUGUGUAAAACAGAGGGAUGAGCAGCCUGUCGUAACUGAUUUUGUUGAAGUAAUUAGAAAGGAACGUGUGGUGAACUGCUCUGUGGCGGUGUGUGCCGAGUUCAGCUGUGAUGACACUCUCUCAAAGAAUGAACGGAAAUUUUAUAAUAUAACUGGCAAUGUGAGCUCUGGAUGGAUUGAGCAGACUGGACUCAGAGCUGCUGUUUUUCAGCUGGUUAGUUCAGCGUCUCUGGAUUAUGACAAGAGCAAAUAUGUUUUCUUUUCCUCUGAUUCUCAACAAACUGCAUGGUCCGUUAAGAUUGAUACUCAAGUGGAGGUGUAUGAGGAGGUGAAUCUGACCAAAGAGAUCGCUGGAGGUGUAAUAGGAGGACUGCUGCUACUGGCUCUUAUCACAGUGGCCCUCUAUAAGGCUGGUUUCUUCAAAAGCCAUUACAAGGAGCUGCUAGAGAAUGCAGAACAAAGCCCUGAAGAUGGGCCAACCACAAAAUAGGUUAACAAAAUUAACCAGCCCCAUUAUAUCAACCACAAUAGUGGUGUAUUAAAAAUUCAACUGUGGCUUUACAUGCAAGUGAAACUACUUUCCAGGACCAACUUUAUUAAUGAGGUUUUUUAUAUGCAUAAGCAUAGAAAUAUUAUUGAUAUUCUGCUUAUAUGAAAAUCAUAAGCUUUCCAUUAACAAACUCUGUAUUAUCUUUAUUAAAAUGAAGAGAAACAAUCUCAUCAUGCUUGUCAUGUGACACACAGCAGCCACUAUAGCGCUGAUGCAAGCUUGUUUUAUUUAUUUUUUCCUUUUUAUUUGAAAGAUUCCCAGACAUGUUUACUAUAUCAUGAAAUAUCUUGAGUUUCAAAUAUGUGCAAGUAAAUGCAUUUUGCACCUUUAUAGAUCGUGUUAGUUGAUCUGUAACUAUGCAUUAGACCAAUCUUUUUUACUUAAGUACCGGAUAUGGGUUUCAUGCCAUAAAAUAUUUUUAAUACUACCAA